CAAAACGUUAAAAACCAUCACAACCACCUCCCACAGCCCAAACCAAUCUCCACGUAACACCCUCUUCCCGCCGGCCGGAAUUUGUUUUAAAAAAAAACAAAAAGAAAAUGGCAUUUACAUCCUCAAUAUUCUCUCACAUUCCUUUAAGCAACCAAAGAAUAUUCCCUCCAAAUUCUCAUAAACCAAAACCACCCAGAACCACCGUCACCACCGCUGCACUUCCGCCUCUCGCCGCCGUCACUGCCGCUGACCUCGACGGAACCACCUUGGCUGUCAUCGGAGGCGGGUCAGUGGCGGCUUUAGCUGCCGCCAUAUCACUCACCGACCCCGAAAGGCGGCGGCGCCUCCAGGCGGAAGAGGUGGGCGGCGGAGACAAGGAGGUGGUGAGGGAGUACUUCAACAAUUCUGGGUUUCAACGGUGGAGAAAAAUUUAUGGAGAGACUGAUGAGGUUAAUAGAGUGCAGAAAGAUAUUAGGCUUGGUCAUUCACAGACUGUUGAGAAUGUGCUGAAGAUGUUGAAAGAUGAAGGGUCGUUGGAGGGUGUAAGUGUUUGUGAUGCUGGGUGUGGUACUGGGUGUUUGGCCAUACCCUUGGCGAAAGAAGGGGCGGCUGUUUAUGCUAGUGAUAUUUCGGCUGCCAUGGUGGCUGAGGCUGAGAAACAGGCAAAAGAGCAGCUUCAAGCAGGAAGUGAAAAGGAGUUGGUGAUGCCUAAAUUUGAAGUGAAGGAUUUAGAGAGUUUAAACGGGAAGUAUGACACGGUGGUCUGUCUAGAUGUUCUGAUACAUUACCCACAAAGUAAAGCAGAUGGGAUGAUCGCCCAUCUUGCAUCAUUGGCUGAGAAUCGACUACUUUUGAGUUUUGCUCCGAAGACAUUUUACUAUGAUCUGUUAAAGAGAGUAGGGGAGUUGUUUCCUGGGCCUUCAAAGGCAACAAGAGCAUAUUUACAUGCAGAGGCAGAUGUAGAGAGGGCAUUGAAGAAGGUUGGGUGGAAAAUAAGGAAGAGAGGCCUGGUUACUACUCAGUUCUACUUUGCAAGACUCGUCGAAGCUAUUCCUGCAUAAAUGGAAGAGAGGUUAGAUUUGAAUUUUGCCAUUAUUGCAGUUGCUCUGUUGCUAGAAAUGGUUAGGGAGUUUCUUACUAAUUUGUAGAGCCUUGAAUUUUCUCUCUAUGCUGUCAUCAAUAUAUUCCUUUACUACAUGUAUUUCAAGUGUCUAUUAGAUGACCAUGUAUGUAACAUUUGAUACAACUUGCAAUUUUUUUAUGUUCAUCUAAAAUAUCCUUUAAUUGUCCCAGUGAUCAAUUGAUGACACCAAUUGCUAUUUUAGGAAAAGCAAUUGUUUUUUUUC